CGCAAGGUGUCGCGUUUGACUACAAAUAGUCGGCGCCAUCAAUUCAAAGCAGCCGAGUAGGACUAAUAAAAACGUUGUUGUUGAUACCUUAACCGAUAAAUAGUUCGUGGUUCUUCUCCUUGGCCCUUGCUUAUAAUAUAAACUUGAAACAUCUGUGUUCAUCACGAAUGCCACCAAAAAAGAAAAUUAAAGUUGAUUCCUCUCGAAAUCCUAGUGAUGAUGGAAAUUUGGAGUCGGACUGCGAAAUAAGAAACCCAAUAGAGCAAAAAUCGAAGACGGCCGAUGAAAAGAAACCUAAAAGAAAAAAAAACUCAUCGACUGAUGCCGAAAAUAUUAAAGUUACCCAAGUUUUUCAAAAUAAGACAAGCACAGAAUUCCAUGAACAAGAUUUUGGCAACACUUCAAAAACCCCAGAUGGAAAAAAGUGGAAUACUAAAGUUGUUACAUGGAAUGUUGAUGGCUUGCGUGCUUGGAUCAAGAAGGGAGGGUUGGAUUACCUGGAACAUGAAAAUCCUGAUAUUCUUUGCCUGCAAGAAACAAAAUGUUCAAAAUCUAAACUUCCUCAAGAAGUUGUGGUACCAGGUUAUCACACAUACUGGUGUUUUUCAGAGGCAGAUGGCCAUGCUGGCCUUGGUUUGUAUACCACGGUGAAACCUGACACAGUGAGUUAUGGCAUUGGAAUUCCUGAAUUUGACAAAGAAGGCCGUUUGAUCAUAGCAGAGUAUAACACAUUUUAUGUAGUCAAUGUUUAUGUACCAAACUCUGGAAGAAAAUUAGUCACACUUGACAAGCGUUUGAAAUGGAACCCAAAGUUUCAAGAACUUAUUAAAGAUCUAGACUCAAAGAAACCAGUUAUCAUUUGCGGAGACAUGAAUGUAGCGCACCAGGAAAUCGAUAUUGCGCAUCCCAAGUCCAAUAAAAGAAAUGCUGGGUUUACCCAAGAAGAACGUGACGGUUUUUCUGAAUUACUCAAAUCAGCUGCCCUCACUGACUGUUUCAGGCAGAAGCAUCCGGACGUGAAGGGUGCCUACACUUUCUGGACCUAUAUGGCUAAUGCUCGUAAGAAGAAUAUUGGAUGGCGAUUAGAUUAUUGUUUGCUGUCCAAGAAACUAAUGGCGAAUUUUUGUGACUGUUGCAUCCGCAGCGAAGUUUAUGGAAGUGAUCAUUGUCCCGUCGUUUCCUUUCUUCAUCUUUGAUUUCGCACAGCCAAUAUCGUUCUGUCACUGGCAUCUUUUUGACCUUCUCGAUUAUGCUGUUCAAUCUGAUUGAGUGAAAAUACUUGCAAGAAAACUUCCAUUAAUACAAGGAAAAAAUAAAACGUAAAUUUGCACCGAAA